AUGGAAUCACAUAUGAUCUCAGAAUGGUGCUCGGAAUGGUGGGCCCUCACGGACGAAUUCGAUGGGCAAUUCGUAAUUAAUAAGAGUCAACUAAGGGAAUAUAUUACGCAGAUCUUACGAUCAACCGAAGCCUCUAAAUUGCAACCAGUACGUCCUAUUGAUAUUACGCCUGUCUUCGAGAUAGAGAUCACAUGCUCACACCAUUCGAACAAAUGGGAUCAUACAAGUUAUCGUCUGGAAAUAAAUUUCAAGGUCGCACGAAACUUUGCCCGUAGGCAGACCUGCGACUUCAGUUCUGGAAAACGAGUAAGAUUCGAAAUUCUCGAGCCAUGCGAGAGGGUCACUCUUUGUUUUCAACGGAAACGCCAUUUGCACGAAAUCACUAACUCGGCGACUGCCCUCAUAGCAAAGCUACUUCCUGAAAAAGCGGCCAAGGCCUUGUGCGAGUCGGAAUACGUUACAGUCCACGUCCUCGUUGACCAUCUCCUCUCAGAUUUGAUGUCUCAAGAUGAAGCUGAACAGGAAACCGAGGCCACAAUUGACGAUGGUACAAGUGGGUCCUGCGCCCUUAAAGGUACGUACCAGCUACGUCGACAGCCGUCACCGAGAAUGGUAGUCGUUCAUCAGCAGAUGGCAAGAUACCUCGCGGCCCACCGCCAAAAUCAACAGAGCCACCUGCUGGUCGACGAUGAAGGCGCCCUUUUGCUUAAAAUGCACGCUCACCGUUAUGGUGUCACUCGGCUGAAACGAGCUCGCAUCUACCUCGAUGUAGCGGUUGAAGCUAAACUUCGUGGAGUUCCUAUUUCGUUUGCGUACAUGCGAGAAAACCUCAAGGCCCUUUACAGCGACGUACUUCCACCCGAGGUGAGUGAGAAGCUGCUGCGUUUGUCGCAGGAUGCCGUGCUUGAAGGUCUGUGCUUUUGGGACAGACCUAACGACGAAGAAGCGCUGAGCACCGUGGUCUGCUUUUUUGAGACUGCACGACGUAUCGCGCCUAACGCCAGCGUAAUAAGACGUUUUUUGAAGGAUGUCCAUGUUAAAUUGCUUGAAAUAUUUAAUUCAGCCGAAACUAAUACCGUAGAGAGGUUGUGCGUAAAUUUAGACCGACUGAACUGCUGGACCUCGAUCAUGGAUGAAGUAUGUCCAAGAUACGGCGAUGGAAAAUUUAGCUUGCUUCUAGAGAAUCACUUCCGAGAUUUGAUUUUACCGCACGCGGAAGCCAUCGUCCGUGAGUCUUUAAAACAAUUUCCCAAGUAUCCAAGAUUGGCGUAUGAAAUUGUUGAAGUUGUUGUUCCCCUGACCCGAUUAAGCCAGCUGGCGCCAAUCGAUCACGAUUUCAAGUUAUGGUUUACCGAUAAACAGACAAGCAGCCUCAUCAACGAUAUUCUCAGUGUCGAACAGGAGGAUCUCCUACUCCUAAUUGGAAAUCUAACAGACAGUAAUCAAGAAUUCACCAACAGGUUGCAAGAUUGCAUAAAGCGCUGUGAACAUUUUGUCGACACCUUUAUGUGGCGCUAUGUGGGUUUAGCUGGUGUUUACUGCCGCAAACUUUGUGACGUCUUCCAAGCGCUACAGGCUCGACUUUGGUCGAUUCAAAUUGACGCGCCAACGAUUCGCUACUGUGUUCAAAUCGAUGCGAUACGAGAAAUCGCAUUUGCCUGUGACGAGGUAAGUGCGUUCCUACGCCUAGGAUCAACUGGUCUUUGCGCAGAGUUUGAGGUCGCCAUCCGCGAGGUCCAACUGAAAUUAGAAACGUCACUUAAUGCUCUAAUUGCUAAACUCUCGGCGAGGAUACUGAAAUCGAAGGAUCUCGAUAUGCUAACGGAUCUCCAGAAUGCGUCCGGGCUUAUCGCAAACGUUAAUCCUCACGAUCAGCCGAAAUUGGUCGUCUGCAUUUGGAAGACCUUCUUGUUCCGGAUCGUAGAAAUGGAGCGGACAAAUAACGAAUGCGCCAGUGAUCUUAUUGCCGAAUCAGCGGUGUCAAACAGCAUUAUGAUCUGGUAGCAUAGGAACGACUACGGGGUCAGGCAUUUGAAAAAAACAGCUUCCUUUGCGUGGCAUCGUAGAUGGCCUCCUGUUACGGACACAAAAAAUUGUCCCCUACAAUAGAAGUCUGCUGGGUC